AUGUCCAGCCCUGGAGGUUCCACCGCCCAGGCUUACAUCAUCUAUGCUAGCGUAAGCCUCACUGGCCGCCCGCUCGUCGAAGUUCUGCUCCGAAGACCAACCAUUUGCUCUUUCCCGAACGCUACGACAAACGAACGAUUCCUACAUCCCAGAGCCAGUGAUCUCACUCUUGAGCCUUGCCUCUGGGAUAUCUCCUCCGUGUGA